GCGCGCCUCCCCGGCCCAGCCCUCCCCCUGCCCCGCCGGUCCUGCGGUCCCACAGAGCCAGGUCGACCCCAGCCCCGCCUCUCCUGCCACCCUCUCCGUGUCCCAUCCUCUCCAGCUUUGUGGCCGAGUGCCGAGUCGUUUCCCCAUCACCUGCGCGGCGGGAGCGCGGACCCGCUACCGAGGUGCCGCCUGCCGCUCGCUGCCUAGGGCAAGAGCACAGUCACAACCCAGGCAAUGUCUUACUACCUCAACUCAGAACAGCACCUGGACCCAGGCCCCAUCUAUGUGCGAGAGAAUGGGCAGCUGCACAUGGUCAGCCUGGCCGGAGGUGGCGUCAGGAGCAGCCUGAAGAGGCCGAGUCCUUUCCGACUGUUUCCCAAAGGCUUUUCCGUGGAGCUUUGCAUGAACAGGGAAGAUGACACCGCACAGAAAGAAAAGACCGAUCACUUCAUCUUCACGUACACCCGGGAGGGGAAUCUUCGCUAUUCUGCUAAAUCCCUCUUCAGCCUUGUUCUGGGCUUCAUUUCUGACAAUGUGGAUCACAUUGAUUCUCUCAUCGGCUUUCCUGAGCAGAUUGCUGAAAAGUUGUUUUCUGCUGCUGAGGCCAGGCAGAAAUUCACGCAGCCAGGUGCAGGGCUGCGGGCUUUGCAGAAGUUCACAGAGGCCUACGGAAACCUGGUGCUCUGCUCCCUGUGCUUGCGGAACAGAUACCUGGUGAUUUCAGAAAAGCUCGAGGAGAUUAAGUCUUUCCGGGAGCUGACCCGCCUGGACCUUUCCUGUUGCAAACUUGGAGAUGAGCAUGAACUCCUAGAACAUCUCACCAGUGAGGCCCUGUCCAGUGUAACUCAGCUCCACCUGAAGGAUAACUGUUUAUCUGAUGCUGGGGUGCGGAAGAUGACAGCACCGGUUCGCGUGAUGAAAAGAGGCCUUGAGAACCUAAUGUUGUUAGAUUUAUCUUGCAACCCUGACAUCACAGAUGCAGGAAUUGGAUACCUCUUUUCUUUCAGAAAACUAAACCGUUUAGAUAUCUCUGGAACAGGACUCAAGGAUAUCAAAACUGUCAAGCACAAACUUCAGACUCAUAUAGGCCUUGUUCAUUCCAAAGUGCCUUUGAAGGAAUUUGAUCAUGGUAACUGCAAGACAGAGGGCUGGGCUGACCAGAUCGUUCUGCAGUGGGAUCGAUUGCUUGUGGAAGCCUUGAAGCCUGAACCUCGAAUGACACCUCAGUACUUCUGUCCGAAAAGAGUACGGGUGGGAACCUCGAGGAUGUGCGCCCUGGCAGACACUCACAUGAACUCUUCUGGAAAACUCCAGUUCUAUAAAGAGAAAGCUCUGGACUGUCGUGGGCCAUUGUUGAAACACGAAGCUUCCUCCAACCAAGAGUCAAAGAAGAACAAGAGAACUUUUGAGGAGUCAGAGCAGACGCAGAGUAAUUCUUCACAGGCUUCAAAGCAGAAAUAUGUGUGUCUUGCUGUGGAAGACUGGGACUUGUUAAACUCCUACUGACUGGCAGAUGAAGGCUGAUGUUUCUUCCUUCAACUCUAGCGUGUGAAGAAAUGGGACUGAUAAUUUACGUUUUGUUUGAAUUUACCUAUGAUGUUAGGAUAGCAAGCAGAUAUUUCUACUUUUGUGGUGGGGAGGGUAAUACUAUGGAAGUAUGUAAUAAUUUCUAAUGUAUAUUUUCAAUACACAGUAAUUUUUUCAAAUAAACCUUUUUGCUGUCCUUAAA